AAACCCAUUUCCAUGUUUAUCCCUCCACCUUGUUUUUAUAAACCUUCAAAAAAGCCCACAUCUUCAUCACAUAACUUCAACAACCGCCAACUUUCCCACCAAACAACACCACAAAAAUGGCAAUGAGUAUGGGUUAUUACGGCGACACCGCCAUGAAAAAGAUCGCCGGCGGUGGCUCUGUCGCCGGCGGAUACGACGUUCCUGAAGGAGUAGACAUUAGAGGGAGAUUUGACCAACAGUUUGCCAAGAUUCUGACGAAGGAUGCUUUGAUGUUUGUGGCUGAAUUGCACAGGGAGUUUAGGAAUCAUGUGAAGUAUGCAAUGGAGUGCCGGAAGGAAGCAAAGAUGAGGUAUAACGGCGGUGGGUUGCCGGGAUUUGAUCCGGCAACGAAGAUAAUCAGAGAUGGAGAUUGGAUGUGUGCGGAGGUGCCGCCGGCGGUGGCUGAUCGGAGAGUGGAGAUAACAGGUCCGGUGGAAAGGAAGAUGAUUAUUAAUGCUUUGAAUUCUGGAGCCAAAGUGUUCAUGGCUGAUUUUGAAGAUGCAUUAUCACCAACAUGGGAGAAUCUAAUGAAGGGCCAAGUGAACUUAAAGGAUGCUGUUAAUGGAACAAUUAGCUUUGAAGAUAAGGCUAGAAAUCGGGUUUACAAGCUCAACGACGAGAUCGCGAAGCUUUUUGUUCGUCCCAGAGGCUGGCAUCUACCCGAGUCUCACAUUUUCAUUGACGGUGAACCAGCGAUCGGUUGCCUUGUGGAUUUCGGCCUUUACUUCCAUCACAACCAUGCGGCAUUCCGUAAAACACAAGGCCAAGGAUACGGCCCGUUCUUCUAUCUUCCAAAAAUGGAAAAUUCCAGGGAAGCGAGGAUAUGGAACAACGUGUUUGAGAGGGCGGAAAAAAUGGCCGGGAUCGAAAAAGGUAGCAUCCGGGCAACGGUUCUAAUCGAGACACUACCAGCAGUGUUUCAAAUGGAUGAAAUUCUCUAUGAAUUAAGGGAUCAUUCCGUCGGUUUGAACUGCGGAAGAUGGGAUUACAUCUUUAGCUACGUCAAAACAUUUCAAGCGCACCCUGACCGGUUGCUACCGGACCGAGUCCUCGUUGGUAUGGGCCAACACUUCAUGAGAAGCUACUCCGAUCUACUCAUCAGAACCUGCCACCGACGAGGCGUCCACGCCAUGGGAGGAAUGGCGGCUCAGAUUCCGAUCAGGGACGAUCCAGCAGCAAACGAGGCGGCACUGGAGCUCGUGAAGAAAGACAAGCUGCGAGAGGUUCGAGCCGGGCACGACGGGACGUGGGCAGCACAUCCCGGCUUGAUUCCGGCGAUCAUGGACGUCUUCACCGCCAACAUGAACAACUCUCUGAACCUAAUCGAAACCAUGAAACGCGAAGAUGCAGCUAACUUAACCGAAGACGACCUCUUGCAGAUUCCCCGCGGGGUUCGAACCAUGGAGGGUCUUAGGUUAAACACCCGAGUCGGGAUCCAAUACCUCGCCGCCUGGCUCACUGGAACCGGUUCAGUCCCGCUGUAUAACCUCAUGGAAGACGCCGCCACCGCCGAGAUCAGCCGAGUCCAGAACUGGCAGUGGUUGAAAUACCGAGUGGAGUUGGACGGUGAUGGCGUCGGCGUGCGGGUGAGCCCGGAGCUUUUCGGGAAGGUGGUGGAGGAAGAAAUGGCGAGAAUAGAACGGGAAGUUGGCCGAGAAAAGUUCAAGAAGGGAAUGUAUAAGGAGGCUUGCAAGAUUUUCAGUCGACAAUGUACGGCACCGGUGCUCGACGAUUUUCUGACGUUAAAUGCUUACAAUCACAUCGUGAUUCAUCAUCCCAGAGGAUCAUCGAAGCUUUAAAGCCGGUUUUAAUGGCGGUCGUGAUGGGUUUGCAGGGUUUUUCUUGUUGGCUGUAUAUCUGUGGAAGAUUGUGCUUGUUGUCUGAGUUAUUCAGCCAUGGAUGCUUAUUUUAGCUUAAAUAAUUGAUGAUGUUUGUAAUAAUGGUUUAUGAAUGUAAUGCCAUCAUCUCCUGCUUUGUUAUAUUUCUGGAAUGCUUUUGUUGCUA